GCGCUGCAUAGCGGACGAGGAUGCUCUGUUCUCCCCCGCAUACACUCUCCUGUCUCAUGCUUUCCACGAUCAACAUGGAAGGGCUUCAUUAAUGCCCCUGCCCCCAAGCUGAUGAAUUUUAACUCGCCGUUUGAGACUGGACUUGCGUUAAAGCACUGGACUUUACCUACCGAGUGGAUAACGCUGAGGUAUCUGCCGAAUAAUAAGUCUUCAGAAAAGAGGCAAAUUAUGCCAGCAGCACCAGAGUCCCUCCCUCUGGUGACGUGCCAGCCCAUUGGUCAGACCGCCCUGUGCCCCUCAUUUAGCCCCGCCCUCUCUCCUGGCAGAUCCAUGCUGCUGGACACGCCCCACAGAGCCACGCCCACACCAUGAGUGCCAACGGGCCAGCCAACGCCCCUGCGGCCCCGGCUGCAACCCCAGUUGCCCCGCCGGUGCUCAGUCCGGUAGCCGCCCCUCCGGCUGCCCCUGUCCCGGUGCCGACUGUCCCGGUGGGCGCAUUGGCACAGAAGAAGCGGGCGCAGUACGCCAAAAGCAAGAAGCAGGGGAGCAACGCCAACACCAGGCCAGCCAGGGCCCUGUUCUGCCUCAAACUCAACAAUCCCAUACGAAGAGCCUGCAUCAGCCUGGUAGAGUGGAAGCCAUUUGAUAUCUUUAUAUUAAUAGCUAUUUUUGCCAACUGUAUGGCCUUAGCUGUGUACAUCCCCUUCCCUCAGGAUGACUCCAACUCCACCAACCAUGACCUGGAAACGGUAGAACAUGUCUUCCUCGUCAUUUUCACUAUUGAAACCUUUCUGAAGAUUAUCGCCUACGGUUUAGUGGCGCACCAGAACGCGUAUGUGAGAAACGGAUGGAACAUGCUGGAUUUUGUCAUCGUCGUUGUCGGGCUGUUCAGUGUUGUCCUGGAGCUUUUGACCAAAGACUCUGUUGAGACGAAGGAGGAAGCGGAGGCAGGUGCGGCUGCGGCGGCGGCUGCGGCAGCAGCGCUCCACCCCUCCGCCCAAGGCCACGGGGGAAAGUCGGGCGGCUUCGACGUCAAAGCCCUCCGAGCCUUCCGUGUGCUGCGACCCCUACGUCUGGUCUCAGGAGUGCCCAGUUUACAGGUUGUGUUGAACUCCAUAAUUAAAGCCAUGGUUCCUCUCCUCCACAUCGCCCUGCUGGUCCUGUUUGUCAUCAUCAUCUACGCCAUCAUCGGCCUUGAGCUCUUCAUUGGUAAAAUGCACGCUACCUGCUUCUUCCCCAGCACAGGCAUGAUAGCGGAGGAUGAGCCGGCUCCAUGUGCGAUCUCAGGGCACGGGCGCCAGUGUCCCAUCAAUGGCACCGAGUGCAGGGAGGGCUGGCACGGCCCCAAUGACGGCAUCACCAACUUUGACAACUUCCUGUUCGCCAUGCUGACCGUGUUCCAGUGUAUCACCAUGGAAGGCUGGACGGACGUGCUCUACUGGAUGAAUGACGCUAUGGGUCUAGAGCUUCCAUGGGUCUACUUUGUAUCUCUGGUCAUCUUCGGCUCCUUCUUUGUUUUGAACCUGGUUCUGGGAGUGUUGAGCGGAGAGUUCUCCAAGGAGAGAGAGAAGGCCAAAGCUCGUGGAGACUUUCAGAAACUGAGAGAGAAGCAACAGCUGGAUGAGGACCUCAAGGGCUACCUGGACUGGAUCACUCAGGCCGAGGACAUCGAUCCAGAGAACGAGGACGAGGAGGGCUACGAGGAGGGCAAACGCAACCGUGUGACUCUGGCUGACCUCACAGAGAAGAAGAAAGGAAGCAGGUUUGGGUGGUUCAGCCAGUCCUCCGACACUCAUGUGAGUAUACCAGCCAGUGAGACGGAGUCGGUGAACACAGAGAACGUGGCCGAGGAUGAGGUGAAGACACCGUGCUGCGGACCUUUUUGUCAAAAAAUUUCAAAGUCAAAGUUCAGUCGGCGCUGGCGUCGCUGGAACCGGUUCUGCCGCAGAAAGUGCCGGGUGGCGGUGAAAUCGGUGCCUUUCUAUUGGCUGGUGAUCAUCCUGGUGUUUCUCAACACGCUCACCAUCUCCUCCGAGCACUACAACCAGCCUGACUGGCUCACACAAGCAGCCGAUGUGAGUUAG